AUGUCGCUGCCCAGGGCCACCAAAAAACAGAAGACGGCACUGUUCAAGAAACUCGCCGAGCUCGGCCCCAAAGAAUCGCUGCACAACAAACUCCCGCAGGUGUACGGCGUGCUUCAGCAAGCGCAGUACGCGGCAACAGGGUUCCUAGAUUUCACACUAAAGGUGUUUCUGCGCAAAAAUAAUCCGUACUACAACCAUUUAUUUUUCACAUAUGUCGAGCAAAAGGCGCCCGACCUCGCGCGCGGAUACAAGAUCCGCGGGUUCCUGGAAAACGGCAGCUACGAGAUGGCCGUUCUGGAGUUCCGCGGCGCCAACUCCUUCGUGGACUCCCGGCACAUGGAAAGACUGUAUGCGAUCACGCUGCUGAUCGAAGCGAGCAACAGGAACGACACCGAGACAAUUCUGUUUAUUUUGCGAAAACUGCCAUCGACGAUGCUGACGCCGCUCAACUACGCCAGUCUGGCCGCUACCGCGCUCAAAAACGGCAACCACGACGUCGUCGCGGCGGUGUAUCCUGAAUUGACAGACACAGAAUUCACGGGCGAGUUUUUACUCGAUCUGUGCCGAAUUUUCGUGGAAAAUAACAACCUCGAGCGAGCGUUUGACGUGGUUCUGAAGGUGCGCGACCAGGAGGCACAGAUUCCGGUGGCAACCACGGCAGCGGCCUUGCUGGGACCGACAUACAGCUGGAAAUUUCUCGACGAGCUGGAGAUUCCAAUCUCGUACGACGAGCUGGCGCCCAAAAUGUUCCAGGACAAGCUGUUUGCAAGAAACAACUACGAGGAGAUAGAAGAGCAUUUCGACGAGGUCAUCGAGCUCAAGCCGCGGACCGUGCAGCUGGCCCUGUACGCUGCGCUGCGCUCGAUAUAUUUUUGCGGCCAUUUUGGUAGCAUGAUUUUUGUGCUACGCUAUGUUGCAGGAAAUAAUUUGCAACAUCUGCUUGAAAACCGCCAUUUCCAUAUUUUGUUCGAGGGAGCUGCCAAGCAUGCCGCCAAACUGUGCAGUCUGAACAUUUUGGAGCUGGCCGCACGGCUCAAUAUCCCGCUCUCGGAUAAAGACGUGCUGGCUCUUCUGCAGUGCCACGCGAGCGGCACAGAGCACGAGACGCUGUAUCUUGCAAUUUCGGAGAUCCGAAAGCGCCGGGAGCUGCCAGACAACUGCGUCGAGUACCUUAGACACGUGUCAGCCAGCACGAACGACCUGAAACUGAAGCUGGUUGCAGAAAGGCCGGAAAUGCAGAUGAUCGUGCCGCUGGAGCACAUACAACGCACGCUGGACAGCCAGCAGCACCGCACGGCGCUCGUCCACGAACGCCUGCCCGACCACCCGGAGUACUUCUACGCGACGGACUACGGCAACUCACAGUGGGAGAUAUUAUAG